UAUGCUUUCGGAUAUUUCUGCCUGCUUUAGUCGAAUCCACUUCGCAGAGACGACAUUAACCACGAGCACGAAUUGAUUUUGCCUAUGGACCAUGGAGUGAACCAUGGAUGGCAAUUCGAACAUGGCGUUGAGGAAGAAGCACAAUGAAUUCAGCAGGGCGAAAAGCAAAGGCCCCACGUGACGGAGUCACCUGCUCUGCUAUUCUUGACUUGUGGGGGCUUCUCUCUUUUUCACUUUCCGCGAUGGCUUCGUAUCAUAGCCCUCCACGGAAUUUCCGUUCGCUAUUUUCCAACAUACGUUGCCAUUUCCGUGCCAGCCAAGGCACUAGACCCCGGAUCCCCCGCAAGUUGCUUAAGAUGAGGAAUGGGGAUGAACGUCAGCCACUGGAACCGUUGCAUCACACCCCCGGAUAUCCCGACCCUCGGGAAAGCCGGGGACUCCGGUGCAAAUCCUACAAAUCAGCCCCAGUUUGAGCUCAGGAAUUCUUUCCUAUCUGGACCAAUUGACGAUUUGUGAUUGCGGAUAAGUGCAGCUCCGGCGGCAAAGCGUGUCGUCGU